AUGAAAAUAUUCUCGAUCUUCUUGAUAAUCGCAGGGCUAGCGUUCUCGCUGCCCACCUCCGAGGAGACUGCCGCCGGCUUCGCCGAAUCAUUGGACGACGUGGGCUUUGACCGCACCACGGGGGACAUCACCCCAGACGCAGUAUCCCUGGAACCCCGAGGGACAGCCACCUCCAAAUCCAAGACAACGCCCAAAUACACCAUCUGCCAAAAUCCCGGCUUCGUAGGGCCAUGCACACGGCAAGAAGUCAAAGGUCUCGAUGUGUGCGAGAAGAUGCCCUGGGUGUCCAAGUACAGCUUUCCAUUUGAGGAUUUCUCCUUCAGUCCGGACUACGGCGCGUUUUGUAAAGUGUACAACAGCGAUAGCUGCGGAGAGAACUUCCCGUGGAUGAUCGUGACCAAAGGCGUGGAACUGCUUAAGACGGCGAACCAGGCGAAUUUGUUCCGUGGAGGGGUGUUGCCUGGGUUCUUUAGUUUUCGGUGUUGGAAGCUGGAUUGA